AGUACUCUGUUGAGCUAGUUUUCUGUAUUUUAGUAUGUGAUUUGGAGCAUAUGAGUUUCUUUUGUCUCACCAGAUAACUAGACAGAAUGUAGCCUCCUGCGCCCUCAGCUUCCAUUCUCAUCUAUCACAUUUGUGAUCCUUAUGAUCUUUUUCCCCCUCUAUAUCUUUUAUGUCUUAUUCCCUCAGUCUCUUACAAUCUUUCAGACUGUUUGGGCACCCCCCAAGCAACCUGACCACUGAUUGUCUAUGAAUCAGUUCAUAUGUCAUUAGAUCAUUUUAUACAUUUUUAUGUUCAUUAUUGUGGUUAUAUUAAUCUAAGAUAUUUUUUAUGAAUUUGGGGUUUGUUCAUCAUCCUUAUUUCAAAGCAUGUACCACUGUUAAACACCCCUGUUAAACACCCCAAAAACUCAAACGUUUGUGUUUGAAAAUACAUGUCUGUUUGAGACGUCAGUAUUAAAAAAAUUGUGAGCAUUUAGGCACAGCAUCAGCAUUCUGGUAGAUCAGGGCUUUAUAUUACAUCUUGUUAUUAUAUUGUUAGACAUUUUGUAUUGUUACUGUACUUAAUAUACUGUAUUACUUAGGUACUGUGAGACAUUAUAAACAUAUGACAGAUUAUGUAGAAAUUUGUACUGUAGGAAGAAGGUUGAAGGUUAUUCUGUUACAUAAAUAUACAGGAAAUCCGUUUCCUGGCCAUAAAGAGCUCAAUUCAACCUCAGUUACACAGAGGUAGCAUGUGAGAGUAUGUGUGAAAUGGAGGAUUGAGGCGCAAAAGAAAAAGAAAAAAAGAGGAUGUCAUAUUACCAACCACACAGACUGAUGGAAUGGAAAUAUCUACACUGGCAUUGUUAAGCGGAGCUCUCUUGCUGUCCAUGGUCCUGCUGACUGGCCUGUGUCUUCACUGCAGAAGACACUCAGCACCUUUCAUUAUCCAGCCCAACCACGGUUCAGAAGACUACACACAACAAACACAACCAAUGCGAGUCAUUCGUUCAUAUCAAGGCACCAUCGGCACAAACUGGGUCACACAGUCUUCGACCCUUCUACCUGUUUCGGAACAAAUUGUGCGACAUAACUCUUUCACCCCUACUGAAAACGAAAGCAAUCCCAGUUAUGAAAAUCCUACAGAAGCUCAGUACCAGAACACUGAGGAUGAGGAUGAGGAGUAUGAGCAGGCAGCUGAUGCGCCCUACGUAGAUGUAUUACCAGACCCUCCUAUGAUUGAAACUCACCAGUCCAAUCAGAGUCUAGCCUCAACCCAGAGCUCAGAACCUCCAUAUGUGAAUAUUGAGAGAGAGCAAGAAAACUAUCAGAAUGUGGAUCCUCACCUUGGUAUGGCCUCCAGAUUGUAUUGUCUUGAAGACAGUGAUAAGGACAGUGAUGAAGAAACUGGCAAUUAUGUCAAUCAAGAUAUGAUGCGUUUAACUGAGACCGCCAUAUGAGUAAAUCAAUGUUGACACAGAGGAGGAAAUGGAUGAUUCACAAAAGAAGGAUUCACCUGUAGCAUGCUUUCUGUUCAUGGAAAUAUGGAACACAUAGCAUAUGUAUCUAUAUCAAUUAGUACUCAUUAGUACUACAUCAGAUGUCUGAUUUGCCAAAUCAUACUGAUAGUUGUUUGCUUGGUGUGAUGCUUUUUGGCAUCUAUUUAUAGAUCUCUAAUUGCCUUGGACCCUGCUAUGUUUUGUUCAGUAAGGAAACAGAUUACUGCUAAUGGUUUGGUACUUUGGUACUUACCGUAUUCAUAGGCCAUUUAUGAAUACCAAAUGGAUUUGUAUGGUCCAGGAUAAUUCCACAAGAAUACUGUUGACAGGCUGAGCAUUGUAUUCUUGUGGAAUAAUUUAGUAUUAGUAUCCGUUUAGUAUUAAAUAAUGGCUUAUGAAAAUGGUAAGAAACAAACAGGUGGAAGUAUAUCGAGAACCUAACCAACUCGUGUUAGUGUCAUCACUAAAAUCCAGAAUGUCUGGGUGAAUAAUAAUGUCUCCUAGAAUCUCAUAAUGACAACUUUGGAAGUCUGUAGCUAUAAAUGCUCAGAAAGUAAUCCUAUAACAAUCUCUUCCAUUGGUAACAGACAAUCCAGAGCAAAGACAAUAGCAACUAUUUUAGCAAUAAACUAUCCCCUUAGGAAGUUGGGCCGUUUUCCUUGAUACAAUUGGACCCAAUGGCCACACUGGGGCAACAAAUUAGACCAUGUUGUUUUAUUACACCCUCUGGUGGUAGUCAGUAUAGUAAAGAAACAAGAUGUGGGAGGGACUUCUGAGUAGCUGUUUUAAUGGAAAGAAAUUGCUGACAAAUUCUGAGAAAUUGUUUUAUUCACUUAAUGUAUUUGUAAUGUCUGUGUGUGCCUCAGGUAGGGUGUUUGUGCUUUUAUCUUGAAAUGUGUGGUUUGACAUUGAACUGUGAAACAGAA